AUGUCUCCCAGCUGUGCAGCGUCUCUCCUGAUUGCAGAAUACAAAGACCAGGUUACCACUAUUCCUGAAGGUGGAUCGGACAAGUCCAAGGACAUUGAAGUUUUGUGUCAUAUUGACAGGAUGUAUGUGAGAGUCAGAAGAGAUAUGUUCAAAACGCCGCAUGCGUAUAAGUUUUUGAAACUUGGACGCUGUCCAGUUAAUGCAGGCAAGAAAGAGCAUUUCUUCCUUUUGCACGCCCUGAAGUCCAACUGCGGAUUCAAAAAAAUGAGUAACAAAGACUGUGUGAUCAUAAGCAUAGUGCUCACCUUUCAUCCAAACACCCCGAUUCUGAGGGACCUGCCAUUUGAAGUUAAGCUGCAGUGUCGAUACCCCAGAUUUUUCCACUCUUAUAAAGUUGGAUUCAUUCCUCAAAUACAAGGGGGCACGGUAUACAGGCAACUCCCGUCCAGAAGCACUUUUGUUCUCACGCCUCAGGAUGAAUCUGGAAACAACAUCAUGGGAUCCAGAACCUUCGUUUUGGGACAGCCAAUGUUCUUUCAGGCCGGUGGACCUAGCAGCAUGACGAGUGCGGGACAGAAGCGGGUUUACAUUCAGAAAUGCCACAUCACGAUCUCCCAAAACCCCAACGCAAGUCCGAGCUACACAGUCAUCGACAACCAAGGCUGUAUGAUUGAGAGCAAGAUCACGCCAACAUCUGCGUUCAUCAAAGGCAACCAGAAGAAGAUUCAGAGGUUCACUGUGCCUGCUUUCAUUUUCAAGGACCAGGCCUCUUCUGCCUCGACACAGCAACUCUUCAUGCACUGUCAGAUCUAUGUGGGUCCGCUCACUCCAACGCCAAGUUCAAAGGCCUGCAACUUUGACCCAGUCAGCAAAAAAUGGAAGGAGCUCCAUGGUCCGAACUCGGUGUGCGAUUGUUGUGAAUCGACUUGUCCGUCACCGCACCCAAGAGGCAACGUCCAGUGCUGUAAUCUCCAGUCGGUCCUGGAAGGUUGAGACCAGCGAUGAGGGCCUUUUGGAGGUUGAUCCUCUGAAGGAAUCUUCUGAGGCCGAGGUUGAUCCAUCGCUGGAGGAGGUUGCUGAUAAGAAUUCCUUCAUAAGUUCCAUCAAUGUUUAAUACUGAACGUGAUGUGUAGAAAUGAUCUUUUAAAUAAAUGAAAAGC